GCCCGAGCGGGGGAAGGGGAGGAGUGUGGCAGCCAACCAGAGGGAGCUGAACUUGCCCUUCAAGUGCAGGCUUUCUGCUGCCGCCGCCGCCGCCGCCGCCGCCGCCGCUGCCGCUGCUGCCCCCGCCACUGCCGCUACUGCUGCCGCCGAGCAGGGUGCUGGAUAAAGAUGGCGGAAGCUCACCAAGCCGUAGCAUUUCAGUUCACGGUCACUCCUGACGGAAUCGACCUGCGCCUGAGUCAUGAAGCCCUGAAGCAGAUUUACCUCUCUGGCCUCCACUCGUGGAAGAAGAAGUUCAUCAGAUUCAAGAAUGGGAUCAUCACGGGCGUCUAUCCCGCCAGCCCGUCCAGUUGGCUCAUUGUGGUGGUGGGCGUGAUGUCAACCAUGUAUGCCAAAGUGGAUCCUUCCUUAGGAAUAAUAGCGAAGAUCAAUCAAACCCUCGACAUGACAGGGUCCAUGUCCAGCCAGACCAAGAACAUCGUCAGCGGCAUCCUCUUUGGCACGGGGCUCUGGGUCACCCUCAUCGUCGCCAUGAGGUACUCCCUGAAGAUGCUGCUGUCCUACCACGGCUGGAUGUUUGCCGAGUACGGCAAGCUGAGCCGCGGCACCAGGAUCUGGAUGGGAAUGGUGAAGAUUUUCUCAGGCCGCAAACCAAUGCUGUACAGUUUUCAGACAUCCCUGCCUCGCCUCCCGGUGCCCGCUGUUAAAGAUACUGUCAACAGGUACCUGGAAUCAGUGCAGCCUCUGCUGAACAAAGACAACUUUCAGAGAAUGAAGGGUCUCGCUGAAGAUUUCUCCACUAACCUUGGCCCGAGACUGCAGUGGUAUCUGAAGCUGAAAUCGUGGUGGGCCACGAACUACGUCAGUGACUGGUGGGAAGAGUACAUCUACCUCAGAGGACGAAGCCCCAUCAUGGUGAACAGCAACUACUACGCCAUGGAUCUGCUGUACAUCUUGCCCACCACCAUCCAGGCUGCUCGGGCGGGCAACGCCAUCCACUCCAUCCUGCUGUACCGGAAGAAGCUGGACCGGGAGGAGCUCAAACCAAUUCUCCUGCUGGGCUCCACCGUCCCGCUGUGCUCGGCGCAGUGGGAGCGCAUGUUCAACACGUCUCGGAUCCCGGGAGAAGAGACGGACACCAUCCAGCAUGUGAAGGACAGCCGGCACAUCGUGGUGUACCACCGAGGCCGCUACUUCAAGGUCUGGCUCUACCAUGACGGGCGGCUGCUGAAGCCGCGCGAGAUCGAGCAGCAGAUGCAGAGAAUCCUGGACGACCCCUCGGAGCCUCAGGCCGGCGAGGAGAAGCUGGCCGCCCUCACUGCGGGCGACAGAGUGCCUUGGGCCAAGGCUCGCCAAACAUAUUUUUCCCGGGGAAAGAACAAGCAGUCUCUGGAUGCCGUUGAGAAAGCGGCGUUCUUUGUGACGAUGGAUGACACUGAGCAGGGCUACAGCAAGAAGGACCCGCUCACCUCCAUGGACAGCUAUGCCAAGUCUCUGCUCCACGGCAAGUGCUAUGACAGGUGGUUCGACAAAACGUUCACAUUCAUCGUCUUCAAGAAUGGCAAAAUGGGCCUGAACGCGGAGCACUCGUGGGCCGACGCGCCCAUCGUCGGUCAUCUGUGGGAGUAUGUGAUGGCUACAGAUUGCUUCCAGCUGGGCUACACAGAAGAUGGUCACUGCAAGGGAGACACCAAUCCCAACAUUCCAUACCCCACCAGGCUCCAGUGGGAAAUCCCUGAAGAAUGUCAAGACGUCAUUGAGGAGUCCCUGAGCCUCGCCAGCACCCUGGCCAAUGACGUGGAUUUCCACUCUUUUCCUUUUGAUGCUUUCGGCAAAGGGUUAAUCAAGAAAAGCAGGACCAGCCCGGAUGCCUUUGUGCAGCUUGCCCUACAGCUGGCCCAUUAUAAGGACAUGGGCAAAUUCUGCUUGACAUACGAAGCUUCCAUGACCCGCCUCUUCCGAGAGGGCCGGACGGAGACCGUCCGUUCCUGUACGAUGGAGUCCUGCAACUUUGUGCUCGCCAUGGUGAACCCCACAGAGUCGGUUGAAAAUAAGCUCAAAUUAUUAAGAAUCGCAGCUGAGAAACACCAGCACAUGUAUCGUCUUGCCAUGACUGGUGCUGGCAUCGACCGCCAUCUUUUUUGCCUUUAUGUGGUAUCCAAAUAUCUGGCUGUUGAUUCUCCUUUCCUGAAAGAAGUUUUAUCUGACCCAUGGAGACUGUCAACCAGUCAGACACCUCAACAGCAGGUAGAGCUCUUUAAUCUAGAAAGAAAUCCAGAAUACGUGUCCAGUGGAGGCGGCUUUGGACCGGUUGCUGACGACGGUUAUGGGGUGUCCUAUAUUAUAGUGGGGGAGAACCUCAUCAAUUUCCAUGUGUCCUCCAAGUUCUCCAGCCCUGAGACUGAUUCUCAUCGGUUCGGAAAUCACCUGAAGCAAGCCAUGAUCGACAUCAUCACCUUGUUUGGACUGCAGACCAACGACCAAAAGUAAUUCCCGUUGUGUCCACCAUGGAGGAACUGGAGCUCUUCCUCCCGAAAAACCAAAUAAGACUAGACAUCGCGUUCCUUCUUGUAGUCGAGGGUCAGGAGCUGCUCUUUUCCACAGAGGAUUGUCCUGGGGCUGUUUGGUUUUUUCCAAUGUGUGCGCACGCGCGCACACACACACACACACACACACACACACAGUGAGCGAGCAGAGUCUACUCUAUGGAGAAGGGUAAUUUUGCUACUUCUAGGGAUGUCCUAAUUAUGGGAAUGCUUGAUUUUCCCCCUCAAGUCUUUAUCUUGCUUAAAUUUAAUAAAUGAAGGGAUUCUGCAUUAUCAGCUUCAUGUAAGUAGAGGCAUUUGGAUGUAAUAUAUAUGUGGGGAGCAGAAAUAUCAGGUUUCCUCCAUUGUGACUGUAUAUCUGGGACUUGCGGGCAUUUAACUCCUGUUAUCAGUAAAUCUCUUUACCUUGUAUAUGUUAAAAGUCAUUUAAAUGGAAAGUGUCCCCAAGGGCCAGAGCCACGUGUCCGGCACUCACCAGCCGGGGCAGGCCUUGGAACAAGCUUUUGCCAAGAGAGCAGCAGCCCCGCCCGGAUAUGCUUGACCGCUCAUUUUGUGACUCGGACACUAGACCUUGCUUGUCCUUAUACCCCCAGUGCCUUAAAAAGGAAGGCCUGAACCCAAGACGGGUCUCAGACUGUAUUGCAAGCAUAGAGUCUGUGCUGAAUUGUGGCACGAAGGUUCCAUUUUCUCCCCUUAUUUUUCCUUUUCCACUUGGGUUCAGUCCCAUUAUGAGCUUGUUAGCCGUCUGAAUCACCCUUUGCAGGCCUCCGUAUCCAGCUUUGCCCCCCCAAAAGUCGUGGGAGAAAGAGGCCAAACCAAUCAGCUCCCCCCGUUGGGGGUCCCUCCUCCCCAGAUGGGUCAGAGUCCCAGAGCGGCCAGCCAUUUUUACCAUUGGGGGGUUCACACACUAGGAGCAGCUCCAUCCUGGGCUCCAUCAUGGCUGAUGGAAGAGUGAUGGGAAGGGAGGGAAGACAAAUGGGGCAAAAGGAUCCCCCGAGCCAGAGAAGGGCUCCUCCUCACCCCAUUAAAUGAGGGAGGGCGGGCACUGGGAGUGCUGGACAAACCUAGCGCCGACUUCAUUCACCUUUUUAAGGCACUAAAUCUUCUUUGGGAUUUAAGACGAUAAUCACAGAACUCGAUGACCACUGCCACGGGGCUGGCCUGCCACACGCUCCUUUUCUUCCAUUUCAUUUGGGGUCUCAUCACUCGGCCCUGCUCGGAGAGGCCGGAGGGCGCCUGGGCGUAGGUCCAGAUUGCACUACAGGCGUCCCACGCAAAUGGGCCAAAGACGUUUCUCUCAAGUAAAAACAAAGGAUUGGCUUUAGCAUCUGGGCAAAAAGGAAGGAGAAAAAGCCUGUCCUGCUGGCAGCUGCAGCUGGUGGGACUUCGAAUGGGACCACGGUGGGAGCCCUCUGGCCAUUCAUCGUGGGCAGCAGAAAUCAUGCACUGUUUCGACUGACCACUGACCCAUCCAUAGCCCGUACGUAGCCGCUUGUGGGCGAGAUUGUAGCAUGAAAGCGAGUGUCGGGAAGGUCCUGGAUGCUGCCCGGGUGCAGCUUCAAGCAAAGACUGUCCUGUGCCUGGAGGAGUCGGCUUUCACUGUGCGUGCUGGGAGGGGCAGUGGUUAGUGUCCGGUGGGUCCUCAGUGGACAGAGAUGGUCUCCAUCCCUGGCUCCCUGGGAAGGGCCGCUGCGUGCACAUGGGAUACGCUCUUUGGGAUGUCAGUCGUGGCGAUGCAAUGUGAAUGUGGGCGCUCCUUAAUAAAGAAGUGAAUCUCCA